GAAUGAAUGUGAGUGACUACCGAAGUGCACAUGCGACCUCAGGGAAUGCCGGGAACUGUAGUUUUGUCUCGUAAACCGCGCGUCACGUGACCACCCGGCAGCCGCGCCAACUGAUGACGUUGUGGGUCGCUCGCUGAGGAGCCGGGGUUUCGUUUACCUGCCGUGACAUUGACCUGAGAGCCAUGAGCCGGCUGUGUGCACGACUGGGGCGUAUCGCCUGGGGAUGGGGGAGCCCUGCCCGGGCUCGGCCGGUGGAACUACUGCGGUCGGUACAUACGGGACCCCGGAGUCUGGCGUACGCCAAGCAGCUUUUUCUGGGCUCCAUUACCAAGGAUGAAGUGUUUCCAUAUCCAGAGAUCAGUAAUGAUGAGUUGGAUGAGAUCACUCAGCUUGUCGGACCAGUGGAGAAGUUCUUCAGUGAAGAAGUUGAUUCCAAAGCAAUUGAUGAAAAUGCUAAAAUACCCCCUGAAACUCUGAAAGGACUAAAGGAUCUGGGUCUGUUCGGCAUGCAGAUUCCUGAGGAGUAUGGAGGCCUGGGUUUGUCAAAUACUAUGUAUGCUAGACUUGGAGAGAUCACCUCGCUGGACGGGGCUAUAGCUGUGACCCUGGCUGCUCACCAAGCCAUAGGACUAAAGGGGAUCCUGAUUGCGGGUAAUGACGAACAAAAAGCAAAAUAUCUGCCUAAGCUGGCGUCAGGAGAACACAUCGCCGCGUUUUGCCUCACAGAGCCUGGAAGUGGGAGCGACGCUGCCUCAAUAAAAUCUAGAGCCACAUUAAGUGAAGAUGGAAAACAUUACAUCCUCAAUGGUUCAAAGAUCUGGAUAUCUAAUGGAGGCCUGGCUGAUAUUUUUACGGUAUUUGCAAGGACAGAUGUUGUAGAAGAAGAUGGUACUAAAAAGGACAAAAUCACAGCCUUCAUUGUGGAGCGUGCCUUUGGAGGUGUCACUCAUGGAAAGCCUGAGGAUAAAUUAGGAAUCCGAGGAUCAAACACCUGUGAACUUCAUUUUGAGAACACAAAGAUUCCUAUUGAGAAUGUAAUCGGUGAAGUUGGAGGAGGUUUUAAAGUUGCUAUGAAUAUUCUGAACAGUGGACGAUUCAGCAUGGGCAGCGCCUCUGCUGGAAUGAUAAAGAAGUUGAUAGAAUUGACAGCAGACUAUGCCUGUACAAGGAAACAGUUCAAUAAGAAGCUCAGUGACUUUGAGCUCAUACAGGAAAAAUUUGCUCUCAUGGCUGAGAAGGCCUAUGUGAUGGAAAGCAUGGCGUACCUCACUGCUGGAAUGAUGGACAGACCAGGGGUUCCAGAUUGCUCAGUUGAAGCAGCCAUGGUUAAGGUGUUCAGUUCUGAAGGGGCAUGGCAGUGUGUCAGUGAGGCACUGCAAAUCCUUGGAGGCCUGGGGUAUAUGAAGGAUUAUCCGUAUGAACGCUAUCUACGAGACAGUCGCAUUCUUCUUAUUUUUGAGGGGACCAAUGAAAUCCUACGAAUGUAUAUUGCUCUCACAGGAAUGCAGCACGCAGGAAAGAUUUUGACUGGUAAACUAAAGGAGCUGAAGAAGGGAAGUCUUUCAGUGGCCUUUGAAAUGAUGGGCAAGAAAUUAGGAGGCGCCAUGGGGAGAAAAAUCAAGUUGGGGUUAACUGGAACUGGAGUUGUACACCCAAGCCUUGAGGAAAGUGCAAAUAAGCUGGAGCAGAAUACCUAUUAUUUUGGCAGUGCAGUGGAAAGUCUAUUGUAUAGAUUUGGGAAGACAAUUGUGGAUGAGCAGCUUGCACUGAAGCGCGUGGCGGAUAUUCUCAUUAAUCUGUAUGCCAUGACAGCAGUGAUAUCUAGAGCGAGUCGUUCUAUCAGCAUUGGCCUGCGCAACCAUGAUCAUGAGGUGCUGCUUGCAAAUCUUUUCUGCUCUGAGGCUUAUUUCAAAAAUUGCUACAUGUUGGCUCAGCUGGGAAAACAUUGUCCAGAAAAUCAGGAUGAAAGUAUUAAGAAAAUAGCAAAACAUAUCCUAGAAAACCGGGCCUAUACCUGUUCUCAUCCACUGGACAGAACUUUCUGAAGAGGAAGCCAGGAGUAGCACGAGAUAACGCUGAAGAAUGUCUAUGUAAAGUUACUCCGAGUGCUAGUGGCACCAGCUGAAUGUGUAGCUGGAAUGUAUUGUAACUUUGUACAAUUGUUGAUAAAUCCAUAAUUUUUUUUAAUCUGUCCUAAACUUUGUAAUAAGAAACACCUACUGAUCCUUUUUUUAAUUUAUAAUAGACCUUUGGGGGAGACUCAAAACCUGUCCAGUGAAAGUUGCCCAUAGCAACCAAUCAGAUCGCUUCUUUCAAUUUUAACAAAGCCUCUGCAAAAUGAAAGAAGCAAUCCGAUUUGUUACAAUGGACAACUGGGCAAGUUUUCCUUGCACAGGUUUUGAUAAAUCUCCCACUUUUGUGUUAAAAAAAAAAGCUAUUGUCUGUCCAUGAAUAAACCUUUAUAAAAAUGUCCUAUAAGUCAGUUUAAAACACGACUUGGACUGUUUUAUUGUGAUGUGGUAAAAGAUAAUGUACGGUGGACUAAUUUCUAAACAGUAUCCAUUAAGGCAGAUGGCUCCAGAGGCCCUUUUAACUUGUUAAGGAUGAAGGGCAU